AUGGGCACUAAAAUUUCACUCCCAGCUCAUACCCAUUCCCUUCAAUCAGGAAAAUCCCAACCUGAUAAUGCCUAUUCCUACGAUGGUGAUGUCUAUUAUGACGCCGCCAGUGACCUGCAACCUGACUGGCGUCAAAUUCCUGAUGAUGUGAUGAGGCUCAUCAUUCAACGGUUAGAUGUUACUGAUCGUACAAGAAUUUGCUUGGUUUGCAAGCCAUGGAGAAUUUUAUCUAUGGAAAAGGAGAUUCCAGUUCCUCCUCAGUUUCCAUUGUUGAUGCUCUCUCCUACUCCGAACCAGUCUUCAAUAUGGUCGAUGAUGUUCUCUCGUCGCAAGCAGCAGCAGGUAAUUAGCUUCUUUGACAGGAUUCAACGUAAAAUACAUAAUUACUGUCUCCCCAAAUCUGUUGAAGGAGGGUGGUGCUUUGGUUCUUCCAGAGGUUGGCUUUUCAUUGCCAAGGGCAGCAAAAAGAACCCACAAGUUUUUCUACUAAACCCAAUGUCAGCAAAGGUUAUUCCGCUUCCCUCCAUCACUACAAUCCCAACCUACUACCAAUACCUAGAAGAAGAGAAAGAUGCAUAUAAUUUUUCAUAUUUCAUCAAUAAGCUCGACUUAUAUUUUCUUGAGGAGGAUGAAGACCUGCCAUGUAAUUGCACUGUCGUAGCCAUCUUAAAUCAGGGUGAAGUUCUGGCGAUUUGCAAACCAUAUGAUGACAAAUGGAUUGCUAUUCAAUCGGAAGAUAUGUUCAUUGACAUGUCAUUUCACAAAGGAACACUUUAUGUGCUGUUCUCACACUUUGGGUACGAUGAUAAUACUAUUAUAGAUUUAAACUUGGGGACAAUACCCAUUAAACUAGUUCUCCAUGCUUGUCAUGUCUCGGUUGAAAAGGUGAAUUUAGCAGUGUAUGACUUCAAAGGCGCGUAUGCGGUGGAAUCCAUUACCAGAAAUGGUUUAAGUAACUCUUACCUGGUGGAAUCCAGGGGUGAGUUGUUACAGAUUGUCAUGUACUUCGACGUUUUGCAGACUAAGAUUACGUUGAAUAAUGACGGUGGCGGUGGCGGUGGCGAUGAUAAUGCUGAUGUAUUUGAGUACCUUCAAGCAACCGAAUGUGAGGUAUAUAAGGUGGUGGAUCGCGACGGAAAAUUUGAGGAGAUGCGUAGGAUGGAUUGCUUGGAGGACGACCAAGUGCUAUUCGUCGGAGGAGUAGGGUCGUCGGUGUCGGUUUCAGCCAAAGAUUUCGAAGGGAUCAAAGGAAAUUGCAUUCACUUUUUGGACGACACAGAUUAUAGGAAUUGCAGCAGUUUUGAUCCAUUUGUAGCCCGUGAAUCAGGAAUAUUUUGGCUCAAGGAUGGGAAGAUCACACGGGGUUAUCCUAGCAGAAAAUGCCCUGCACCCUUCAUUUGGUUCACACCGCAUUUGGAUUUUCCUUGCACCAGUUAA